AUGGGACAAACUGCAACUUUACCCUGCAGAAAAGGUGGAACAUACGUCACCGAGCUUUAUGAAUGGUUCAGGAAGUUUCUAAACGAGUGUCCGAGUGGCCUGAUCACCCUGCAUGAGUUCAGACGACACUUUUGCAAUGGGACGGUGGGGAAGGAGUCAGCAGAGUAUGCAGAGCAGAUCUUCCGGACACUCGAUAACAAUGGGGACGGAGUGGUGGACUUUAGAGAAUAUGUGACCGCGAUCAGCAUGUUGAUUGAGGGCUCGACGGUGGAGAAAUUGCGCUGGUCCUUCAAACUUUACGACAAAGACAAAGAUGGAGCCAUUACACGAUCAGAAAUGCUGGAAAUCAUGCAGGCGGUGUACAAGAUGAGUGUUGCAGCAUCACUGACCAAACCUGAUCCCCUGACCGCUGAAGAGUGCACCAACAGGAUUUUUGUACGACUGGACAAAGAUAACAAUGCCAUCAUCAGUCAAGAUGAGUUCAUUGAAGGUGCGCUGAAUGACGAAUGGAUCAGAGAUAUGCUGGAGUGUGAUCCCAACACUGUGAAGAUGGAGAGAUCCCUUAAAGGCCAUGAAGUGCUGUAA